AUGGCAGAGUUCCAGCUUCUGAUGAUCACCGUGGCUGGGAUGGUAUUCAUCUCUGUGGGACCUUGUAUGGCCUAUCGGAUCACAGGAAAUGUUGCUUUGAAAGGUGUGGCCCAUCAGUCUGUUGACUUGUUGAACAGAAACACGGCUUUCAAAGCUGUCGAUGGAAACCGAGCAGCCAAUUUAGCAAAUGAUUCCUGCACUUACAUAACUGCAAAAAGUAACCCCUGGUGGAGAGUAACCCUGCAACAGCCGUACAAAAUUGUCAUGGUUUCCAUCACCAACUGGGGCGACUGUUGUGCUGAUAGGAUCAGUGGAGCCGAGAUUCGUAUUGGGAAUAGCCUUGUCAAUGACGGCAACCAGAAUCAGCUGGUUGCAAGAGUGUAUUCCAUGCUGCCUGGGAAAACACGGAAAUUCAAGUUCAGCCCCGUGGAGGGACAGUAUGUUAAUGUGCUCCUACCAGGAGUGGACCGCAUUCUGACAUUAUGUGAAGUAGAGGUGUACGCAGUCUCUGAAGACAUGGUAGCAUUAAUACUGUCCAACCAGAUCAACGUGGCACCAAAUGGACGAGCCACCCAGUCCAGUGUGAAUCGAGGUUCUACAGCGUGCCUGAGUCUUGCACAAAAUGCCAUUGAUGGGAAUCGCCAAUAUGACCUAUUGAAAGGCUCUUGCACUCAAACAGACACUGAAAGUAAUCCCUGGUGGAGAGUGGAUCUUAUGAAGACGUAUACAAUUGCAUCAGUGGCUCUUACCAACCGCGGUGACUGCUGCUCUGAGCAACUCAACGGAGUGGUGAUUCACAUUGGAGAUUCACUAGAGUCUGAGGGCCGUACAAACCCUGUGUGUGUUAAAGUGUCCUUCAUCCCUGCGGGAGGGACGGGGACGUUCAGGUGUGGCGGUGCACUUCAAGGCCGUUAUGUGACUUUGACUCUUCCAGGGGAAAACAGGACUCUGAGCUUGUGUGAAGUGGAGGUGUUCGGGCUUCCAACAGAAUAA